AUGGACUCAUAUAGGGAGACAUAUCAGCAUCAUAUUAAUCCCAUUCCUGGGCAGACUUUCUGGGAGGUUUCAGAAUCUCUUAAGCCCCAACCUCCAAAGAUUAAGAGGGGGCCAGCUACUGUGGGGAAAAAGGACACACAAAGAGGGGUUGUAAAAAGAAAAAAACUAGCAGAUGCUGCUGCAAAAGCCAAAGCUGCUGCUGCUGCACAAGCAAAAGCUGCCGCUAAGAAUACAGCUAGAGCUGAAACUAAUGUUGUUGAGGAUGGUCUGAAUGCUGCUCAGAAUCUCUUAAGCCCCAACCUCCAAAGAUUAAGAGGGGGCCAGGACACACAAAGAGGGGUUGUAAAAAGAAAAAAACUAGCAGAUGCUGCUGCAAAAGCCAAAGCUGCUGCUGCUGCACAAGCAAAAGCUGCUGCUGCUGCACAAGCAAAAGCUGCCGCUAAGAAUACAACUAGAGCUGAAACUAAUGUUGUUGAAGAUGGUCAGAAUGCUGCUAAACCUGACCCCAAUGCUGAACCUGAUCCGAAUGCCACUGAUGAUGCCAAUGUUGGUAAAGAUGCUCUGGCUGAUGAUGAUGACACUAAUGUCCAACCAGUUGAAAUUGAGCUUUCUCAACCAAUUUACUCUGAACUAGAGGAGUCUCAGCAGGCUGCUGAACACCUUCUUAUGGCUUUGUAA